UUUGUGCAGCGUUUCAAAAAACAAAAAAAAAAGUGCAUAAACUACCUUUCCCAGGAGGCCUCGCGGGGCACUCUCCGCUCUCCUCUAGUUUCUCUUCGCCUCGAGAGCCGCUCCAGCGGGCGGUCUUCGGUUUGAGGGGGUCCGGAACCGAAGGAGUUAAAACAAGCGACUCCCCCCCCCACUCCACUGGCCGCCUCCCUCACCAGUCCAGCCCGCCAGCCAUGGGCGGACGCGAUCACCUGUUCAAAGUGCUGGUGGUGGGGGACGCCGCGGUGGGCAAGACGUCCCUGGUGCAGCGAUACUCCCAGGACAGCUUCAACAAACAUUACAAGUCCACGGUGGGAGUGAGGUUCACCCAGCCUGAGCUGACUGCCGGGGAAGAGAUUGGGCGAAGGUGUGAAGAGGAGGAAUGGGGAAGGGUGGAUGAGAAAAUGCGCAAUUGUUGCGUUUCCCCCCGGGAACUGUGAACUCCGGUCUCCUGCAACCUUCCAGGCGGUCAUCGGCAAAUUCGUGUCAUCAGCAGAGGCCGCUGGGACCCCCACCCCCACCCCUCCUACCUGGGAGGCCCGGUUGGGUGCCGGCUGGGGCUCUUGGCCUGCCUCUCACAGGAGUUCCAGGCAGCUGAUGAAGGAACAGAAAGUGGAUUUUGCUCUGAAGGUUCUCCAGUGGUCUGACUCAGAGGUGGUGCGGCUCCAGCUGUGGGAUAUUGCAGGGCAGGAGCGCUUCACCUCCAUGACACGACUAUACUAUCGGGAUGCCUCCGCCUGUGUUAUUAUGUUCGAUGUCACCAACGCCACAACCUUCACCAACAGCCAGAGAUGGAAACAGGACUUGGACAGCAAGCUCACGCUGCCUAAUGGAGAGCCCGUGCCCUGCCUGCUCUUGGCCAACAAAUGUGAUCUGUCCCCCUGGGCAGUGAGCCGAGACCAAGUUGACCGGUUCAGUAAAGAGAAUGGUUUCACAGGUUGGACAGAAACAUCGGUCAAGGAGAACAAAAAUAUUAACGAGGCCAUGAGAGUCCUCAUUGAAAAGAUGAUGAGCAAUUCCAGAGAAGAUAUGUCUUUGUCCACCCAAGGGGACUACAUCAAUCUGCAGACCAAACCCUCCUCCAGCUGGGCGUGCUGCUAGUAGUUUUUGGCUUGUUUCCCUCCCACUGUCAGGAGGUCUCUUCAUCCCUUUCCCUUGGUUGCCCACCCAGCAAUCUCAUGUGCAUUUGAACUGUCUCCUGCCAGCUGUCCUGGAAGGACCAUCAUCACUAAGGAAAGCCUGGGACUCAAAUGCAUCUCUGCAUCUCUCACAGGUGGGCUCCCACUGGCUGCUGGCUGCUGUGACUCAGCUGGCACCUUCUGUGAAAGAAAGCUCAUCUUAUCUCUCCAUUUGGGAUCCGGGAUUUCGUGGGAAGCGUUGGAAAUCGGCACCUGUGAUCAGAAUCCCCACCUGUUUUUCACGUUCAUUUUCCCAUUUGAUGUAUGUUGAUAUCUCAACCUGAUAGGACUUCAGAUUGCGAGGAAAACGAGAGCAAAGGGCAUUUCCCAAAUUCAUCGUAGGUUAUCGCUGUCAGAUUCUUCCUGUCUUGGACUUUGAAUUUCAACCUCUGAUUCCAAGAUGCACAGGAGUGCGGCUGGAUAUCCAUGGGUUUGGGGCUACAGGAGGUAACGCAAAAGUCACUGUAUUUUUGAAGCUUCUAAAGUCAUAACUGGCUUUCUCUUACCUUGGCUUCAAGAAUAGUCAAGCUUUUAAACUACUUAUUGUGUGUGGUGAGAGCAUUUCUUUCCCCCAAAGGAAUCAAUUGUCACGUUAGAGUUUUUCAGUAUCUCGCUACCAGCGGGGUGGGAGCGGGGUUAGCAGGUAUUCUGGGUUGGUGUCCUGACGUGUAACACUGCAAGUGACAUCAGUUGGCCGUGGUGCCCUGAAAUAGGUCUGUUCCGCACAGCUCGGGGAGUCUGAAUGGAAGAGGGAAAGGUUAAUAGAACAAAAUCCUGUGGGGCAACUUCCUUCUGAGCACUUGGGGUGCCUAGCACUUAACAGCCUUAAGAAACAAAUUUUAUGUACAGACCUUUGCCUGAGGGGACUGAGUAGACAGACAGAAAAUCUUUAAGUAAUUUAAGUGCUAAAUCGGGUAGGGUUUUUAGUAUCAAAUCACUUCUAGACAGCUUAAUUUGUUAAAUUCUCACAGGAUGGUGAUUUAUAACUUACCCAAAGUUAUGAAUAUUCUUAAUGAACUCAGAGGCCUAGAAUUUUUUGAAAGACACUUAUUUAGAUAAGUAAGCAUCCUAAGUAAGCAACUCCCAAAUCUGACCAAUCAGAACCACUUGGGAAGUUGGUUUAAAAAAACAUUUUUUUGGGGGCGCCUGGGUGGCACAGUCGGUUAAGCGUCCGACUUCAGCCAGGUCACGAUCUCGCGGUCUGUGAGUUCGAGCCCCGCGUCGGGCUCUGGGCUGAUGG